AAAAAAAAAAAAAAAAAAAAAAAGAAAGACUUGAUAUAGUCUUUAGUAAUAAAUAUACUUUAAUAGAUAAUCAUAUCAAUAGAAUUAUCCUGCAAAUAAAAAAUACUAAUUCCUUAGAUUCACAAAAAAGGGAAGGCACUCAUUAUCGAUAGGCUUCAAUAAGCAGGACUACUAUAUCACGUGCUAUCGGCUGAAUGAUCUCUACCCAUGUACCUUUCACCAGCCUAAUUUUAUCUCGCAUAAUUAUCUCCUUUUUCUUUCUCUGUCUGCAUCUUUCUUUUUUUUCAUGAUUCACUUUUUUCUCAUCGUGAACCGAUCUUGCAGAACAAGAUUUGCCAAAUAUUACAACAACGAUAAUGAAGAAAAUAGAUCAGCUAAUGAGCUCGAUAUCGUCAGACGGUGUAUUAUAAGAAAGCAGAAUCAGACACUUUUCUUUCCUUGGAACGAUAGUAAAAUAGUCUACCGUGCUUAUGCUUCGUUGUAUUUUAUCAUCAGUUGCGACUCUGAGGAUAACGAGUUUGCCUAUCUUGAACUCAUCCAAACCUUCACAGAAUGCUUGAAUCAAUUUUUUGAUAAUGUGACGGAACUCGAUCUUGUGUUCAACCUUGAAAAGGUCCACAUGCUCCUCGACGAGAUCAUUGUAAAAGGCCUUAUAAUGGAAACCAAUCAAGAAAGAAUCUUGGCUUCCAUGAAUGCACUGUUUUCCAAUCAGAAGAAGAGAUAACCGUUUUUGCCUCGGUUUGGGUUCGCACAAUUGUGCAACCCGCCUAUCUUUUCCUUCCAUAGCACCCUCUGUGUAAUGCUUGCUAAAUUGAGGUUGUUUUUUUUUUGUUUUCUUUUUUUUUUUUGAUUUACC